CUGAACUGAAACAGUUGGAGGACACUAAUACGCAGGAUUUCAAUGGCAACAUCUUCAAUGCCUUUACGUUUAGCUGUAUGCUAACAGUUUUAUUUUCACAGAGGCAUCCCUUUGUGUUUAACUUGCUAAAAACGAAACGUUCAGUAAGAUUUUCUUCCUAAGUACCAAUAUCGGUACGAAUGAUUGUACUGAGUGAAAAAGAGAUGGUUCAGAAAAGAAUGGAAAGGCAGUAAUACAUUAAGAAUCAGCUCUGUGAAACAGACUUCAGCCUUUUAACAGGCGAAACACUUGUGUGGUACUUUGCCAAAACCAUCAUGAACCUUCAACAGUCUUCCCCUCUCAUCCCCCCUGUCCAUCCUGAUGUACAGAUGAAACCCCUGCCCUUCUAUGAUGUGCUGGAUGUUCUUAUUAAGCCCUCAAGUUUAGGAACAAGUACAGCACAGAGGUACCAUCAAGAAAAGUAUUUCAUUUUUGCAUUAACACCACAGCAAGUUCGAGAAGUAUGCAUAUCCAGAGACUUCCUGCCAGGUGGCAGAAGGGACUAUAUGGUUCAAAUUCAACUAAGGUUCUGCUUGGCAGAGACAAGCUGUCUUCAAGAUGAUAAUUUCCCCAACAGUCUUUGUAUAAAGGUCAAUGGCAAGCUUUUUCCUUUGCCUGGAUUUGCACCACCACCCAAAAAUGGAGUUGAACAGAAGAGAACAGGAAGACCCCUAAACAUUACCUCCCUUGUCAGACUCUCAUCCGCUGUACCGAACCAGAUUUCAGUGACAUGGGCCCCAGAAAUUGGAAAGACCUAUUCUCUUUCUGUGUACCUUGUGAGGCAACUGACUUCACCAUUGCUCCUGCAGAGACUGAGGAUGAAGGGAAUCAGAAGCCCAGAUCACUCCAGGGCACUAAUUAAGGAGAAGUUAACAGCAGAUCCGGACAGUGAAAUUGCCACAACUAGUCUUCGAGUGUCACUCCUGUGUCCGCUGGGUAAGAUGCGACUGACCGUACCAUGCAGAGCUGUGACAUGCUCUCAUCUACAGUGCUUUGAUGCUGCCCUCUACCUGCAGAUGAAUGAAAAGAAACCUUCCUGGAUCUGUCCUGUGUGUGACAAGAACGCUGCUUAUGAGAAUCUCAUCAUUGAUGGUUUGUUCUUGGAGAUCCUUAAUGACUCCUCAGAUGUUGAUGAAAUCAAGUUUCAAGAGGAUGGAACCUGGUGCCCAAUGAGACCAAAGAAAGAUGCUGCCAAGGUCUCUGUUCAUGCAGUUGGAAAAGUAGAAUCCACAACUCCUUUACAUCAGACAUUAGUGGUAUCCCAUUCUGUGGAACCCAGCUUCACCAAGAAAACAGAUGUAAUUGAUUUGACGCUAGAAAGCUCCUCCUCUUCUGAUGAUGAAGAAACAAACACAAUCCCUCCAGCUAAGAAGCAGUGCAUUUACAUCUCCAAGAAUGAGGAAAUGCAUCCAAAGGGUGUGUUGACAUACCAGCCUUCUGUGCGUAUGCCGAAUGUUACGGACCUGGAGCAGUCAUACCUUACCUCAGCACUUGCUGAGUAUGCAGUUCCUUUUCACCCAUCUACCCUGGCUUCUAUUCCUACAGAAAUGCAACGCCUGGAUUUGUUUUCUUUAAUUCCAACAGAACCUCAGCACUUCAGACCCCAAAUGUAUUUGGAAAACCUGUCAGGCAGCAUGCACAGCACUGUGGCACCCAGCACUAGCUCUGCUUUGGUCUCCUCUACCUCAAGCAGCAACUAUAAUGCCAGUGGCCACGCUGCCACCUCCAUCCAUGAUACAAGAGUCAUCACAGGAGGGGGAGGUUGCACUAGAGAAGUGACUGGAAGUAGCCUGUCGGAUAUUAUUUCACUGGACUGAACCACAUUCCUCUACACCUUUUAAUGCCUAUUUUAAAGGCUUUCAAUAGUAGUCUAAAUUUAGAUGUCAUGGUAAAUAGUGUUCAGAUUUCUAAGCUCUGUUGAACUUUUUGGCAUUCUCUAGAGCUAUUUUUCUUGGAUUGAUUAAAUAGAAAGAGAGCAAAAACUCAAGUUACAUUUUAUAAAGUCAGAUUACAACACGGUUUUGUAAGUUAUUUGAAACUUUUUAAGUUGUUAUAUUAUUCAAGGAAAGUGUACAAAAAUUCCAUCUGAGCAGUACUUAGUGGAGAGGUAUCCUGAGAAUGAAAAAGCUCUAAUCAUUUGGAAAAAAUACUCAUCAUAGACCGGCUAGAAAAAGCUAAGGGGGAGUGGACUUAAAGAAGCCUGGAUGAGAAAAAUAAGUAAAAAAUCAAUGUUUUGUGCUGAACGAACAUUGGGUAGGUUUGCUGAGGAUAAUGGUUGGAUAACAUGCAGUUCCAAUGACACAAAUAUACUUGCAGGAAGAUACAAGAGGCUCAAAAUGAGAGAAACCCUUUAAUAACACACAAUAUUGGCAUGAAGGGAGUAGAUGAGAGAUGAUCAGUAAUUUGUGGUGUAUCAGGACAACUAAAACUAACUCGUCUUGGCUACAAACAUUGAUAAUGUGUGAAUAAAAAAGAUGAGUCUUUUUUACUUUCCUGAGGUAGUGUGUUAUUCAUAGGAACAAAAUGAUGUGGUAUUUGCUUUGAAAAUUACAAGGCAUCACAGUUGUUUCAGAUCAGUGGCAAUGUAUUAUCUAUAUCUAAAUGUGUUUAGUUAACUGGAAAUUGUUACUGAAAGAGCUGCAUGUAAGAAUAUUUCAUUCACAGACGGACAAGAUAUUUUGGUCCAUUUAACCAGCCCCACUAAGAGUUAAAAAAGAUGCCAAGGGUGAAUUAUGCAUAUAAUUCUCUAGAAGGUUUUUUUGCACAACAAAUGUGUGUACUCAAAGUCUACUUACUGUAAAGCCCUUGUAUGAGGUAAUUUUGUUACACAGGUCUGGAUGAAUGAACAUAUCAAAAUUAGUUUCUCAUUGUUUGCUACUCCUUUUUAAGUGUUUUAUUUACUUUAAAAACUGCCAACAAAAUGUUUGUUAAAGCAGGAAAAUCAGAAAGAGACAGAACUGCUAAAAACUGGAGCCAUGACCAAGAAAAAAUUUAUCAGAAUUGUUUUUCCUACUUUCAGCAAUUGUUUAAUCUGACCUUGAGAGAAAAUACAUAAAAUUACUUAAUCACUGAGCCACAUUCCUCUAUGACAAUGUAACCAGACUUAAAAGUACUUCAUUUUAUUUAUCAAAAUUGUGUAGCUAUCCUAAACAAUGAUUUGUGUCUCAUUUGUCUUUGUUCCUCUGUUUAUCUGUUUUCUUGUGGAACAGUUUGUAUUUUUUUAAUAAUCAUUUUAAAAGGAAAACUUAAAAGUUUUUUAAGAUUAAAAAAAAUGUUUCAUAGAUUUAA